AUGGGCUUGCAUAGUCGCGACGUUGGAUACAGCAGCUCUUUGGACUGCGACGACGAUAGCAUUAUACUGCAAAAGCUAGGUAGAUGGCACAAUCCUCGGGAUGAAUUCGACAAGCUCUCCGAGCGAAACCACGAUUCUGUGCUCAGCUGCUUGGCUCAAAGCGGCAACCUUGUCAAGCAUCCCGAUACUGUCUUCGUGGUCAAAGAUAUGACAGCUACCCGCAUUGCUCUCGCCGCUUCGAAGAUCAGCAUCAUGGGCUUCUCUUACGGCACGCAGAUGACCGCCGAAUACAUCUCGUUGUUUCUACAGCAGGUCGGCCAGGUCAGAAUGGACGGUGCCUUGGACCAUACUACAGAUAAAAUCGUACACUUCAUCGAAGAAGGCAAGUCUGUGUAAGAAUGCUUCGGACGAUGGGCGAAUUAGUGCGACGGGAACAAGACUUUCGCAUUUACUGGCAGCGACUCGAAAGCCCGAGAACUUUGGGGAGACCAGUUGAAACAUGUGCAUAACGGGAAGAUGAAGGUCAACUACGCCUACAACCGCGAAUCAAACGGUCGCAAACCUCAGCAGCUUAUUUCAAGCGACAUCCUUCAGGUGGUUCGCGCUUUCUUGUACAGUGCCCCUUCUGAUUGGGUCCAAUCGGAUCAUGCGCUCAAUGAUACGGCGCAUGCAAAUAUUGAACGAGUCUCUAUCCGAGUGGAACAAACCAAGAAAUGA